UUUUACUUUUACAAACGGUUUGACAUUCAGGUGCAGCGGACUACGAGCGCACGUUUUAAAUUAAUUACAAAUAUAAAUUAUAAAUCCGUAUUUGUAUCAUCUUCUAUUGUUUGUUUAUAUUUUCAUUUAAUCGAGAGUCGUUUUAACGUGAAAUAUUUUGAAGUGUUCGUAUAUUACUUAACCUCGGUCGGUGAUAUUGGAUAUAUUGUUUAGUGUUUUCGUCGUUUUCGAUCCGUCGCAAGAAUCUAAAUGUCAAAAGGAUAAUAAUAUAUUCAAAUGGGAUGUCAAAUGAGGAAUGAAACUUUUUCAAUUUUUUUCUCGUCUCUUAUAUUAAAUAAAUGGCCUCAGAGACAAUAACAUUAGACCAUAAUAAUACCAAAAAUGAAAUGCAAUUACCGAGGAAUAAACAUUUUAACGUUUUUCAUUGGCCUCACUUAUAUACCAGUUGCAUUGUGUUUACUACAAAAUAACGCACUGUUGAGUUUAAAUUACUUGAAAUGUGUGAUGAAAAGAACGGACCAAUGUCCAGAUAUGGAUAUCAAAAUUUUUUUGUACUCCAGCGAUGCUAGACGAAAAAAAAUAAUAGACGUAAGAAACAAAAACUCACUUCGUUAUAGCGGUUGGGAUCCUAGCAAAAGAAAUGUCAUUAUUAUUCACGGUUUCAACGGAACAGAAAGCAAGACCCCGAUGACGAUCAUUAGAAAUGCGUACCUGAAACGAAAAGACUUCAACGUGUUCACGGUGGACUGGGAACAGCUUUCGUUCUUUCCGUGUUAUCUGUCGUCGCUGAGCAACACUAGGCUGGUGGCCCAAUGCACAGCCCAGUUCUACGCCCAUCUCACAUAUUCCGGGGCUUCGGCACACAACAUACACUGUGUCGGCCACAGUCUCGGAGCACACAUAUGCGGCAUGAUGAGCAACCAUUUGACCCAUAGACAGCACAAAAUCAUAGGUCUCGAUCCAGCCAGACCGUUGGUAGACAGGUACGGUUCGGCAGAGUUUCGAUUGACCAAAGACGACGCAACAGUGGUGCAGGUGAUCCACACGAACGCAGGUUUCCUGGGCGAAGUACCGCAGGUGGGACACGUGGAUUUCUGCGUGAAUGGCGGCCGCUUGCAACCAAGCUGCGCGAACGAGCCCAGGAAUAUCCGCCGCGCUCGGUGUAGUCACUUCUUGAGUGCUUGCUUCUACGCGGCUUCCAUUUCUGAAAGAGGUAAACGCCACCGAGGCAUACCCUGUUCCUCCACCUGUCAACCAUUGCCUCCGUUUUAUACCAAAGAUGUCCGUGUAUCCAUGGGAUUCCACACUCCAGACAACGCUCGGGGAACGUAUUGCAUUAAAAUGCGAAACAGCAAAUCGUGUCCAUUCGAUUAAACCGUAACACCUCCAACAGGUGUAAAAACAUAAACACGCCAAGGUAGACAUAUUAACAUACUGUAUAAUGUGAUAUUACAUACUGUAAUACAGACUUGUAAAGUAUUCAUGAAUACUAUUAUUUAAAUUAAUUAUUCAGAAUACAUUUAUUGGAUACUUUUUAUUAAUUACAAUCAUACUUUAAUGCUGUACGAGUUAUGACAUUAUUAUAACAUGUAGGCAAUGAUGUUUUCAUCAAUAUUGAUGAUAGGUAGUAAUACAAUGCCGACAAGUGGCUGAAUAUGGACAUUUUUAUUUUGUACAGAAAUAGAAAUUAAAAUUUUUUAAAUAAAUUGAUAACUACCAUCAUAAAUACAUA